UUUAACCUUACUUUUUCUCCGAGUUUUUAUUUAGUUUUGGUUUCCUUUUUUUUGCAAUUUCCGAAAAUGAACAUUAGGAAAGCCAAAGUGGAGAUGUUCACGAUGUCCGAGCAGGUGUGGAAAGAUGCAGAGCGAUGGCAACACGGUCUUCAGCAAGGUCGGGUGUCAAUGAAGCAGAUCAAAGCUAUAAAUCUCAGAUUAUUCUCCACCGAGAAUCGCCUGAACAAUGCGGGCUCUAGACGAGAACUCCAGACCACGGAGAAACAGAUCAACCAUUUAUAUUUGCGCCUACAGCGUCCACUGACCACGAUGAACAAAAUCCUUCAAACGCUGACAGAGAUUAGGGACAACACUGCCCGGAUGUUCAAUCGCUUGACUCUCUGGAUGGAUGACGAUACAGUGGUAGAGCACAGGAUCACGCCAAAACUAAAGACCUCCAAGCUUCUGGUGGUUCUGCAGUUCCUCAACCAACGCUACGAUGCUGAGUGGGAGGUCAAGGAGGUGGUAGUGAAUGACUUAGAGCACAUAAGCAACGUCUACGAGCUGGACCUUUUGAUGGAUGGGUGGAACAUUUGCAGCCAUGCUGGAGGACAGGAAUUUGGAAAGACAUUGCGCGAGUAUUACAAUAUCAUUGGACGCCCUCAACCUAUGAUUAUCCGUUUUUGAUCCUUUUUCUUGGACUAAAAUCCCAUU